ACAUGGCCGCGCUCACGGGUGCAUGGCCUGUGUCGAGACUGAGCCGUUGCCUCAGACGAGGAUUGCACUGCACAGGGAAUCUGUAUCACCGACGAUGUGUUCGGGUGCGAUUUGCACCAAGCCCUACCGGAAUGCUACAUCUUGGCGGCCUGCGAACGGCACUAUACAAUUAUUUGUUCGCAAAGUCAAAACCAGGAGGGAAGUUCUUGCUACGAAUCGAAGACACAGAUCAGACUCGCUUAGUACCAAAUGCAAUAGAAAAGUUAGAAGACAUGCUGUCAUGGGCAGGUAUCUCACCUGAUGAAGGGCCCAGUCAGGGAGGCAGCUAUGGUCCAUACAAACAGUCAGAAAGAAUUGAGCUUUACCAAGAGAGCAUCAAAGUCCUUGUUCAAAAUGAGAGUGCGUACCAUUGUUUCUGCACACCGAGAAGACUGGAGCUUGUUCGUAAGGAGGCUGCACGCAGAGGGGAGACACCAAGGUACGACAAUAGGUGUCGCCAGUGGUCAAGUUCAGAGGUCAAGGAGAAGUUAGCAAGAAAUACACCCUAUGUUAUCAGGUUAAAGCUUGAAGCUACAGCAGAGCCAUGGGACGACCUGUUGAAGGGGCGCACAUCUCACAACAUUGCCGAUGCAGAGGGGGAUCCGGUUCUCAUAAAAAGUGACAGGUUUCCCACGUACCACUUCGCUAAUGUAGUAGACGAUCAUCACAUGGGCAUCACUCAUGUUCUUCGAGGAGACGAAUGGCAGACCUCCACACCUAAACAUCUGUUACUGUACAAGUCAUUUGGCUGGGAUCCUCCCCGAUAUGCCCACCUCCCUCUCAUCCUCAACAAGGAUGGAACCAAGCUGUCCAAACGAGGAGACGAUGUCCAAGUGGAACACUUCAAGAACGAAGGCUAUUACCCAGAAGCUCUGCUGAACUACGUGACCAAAAUAGGGGGUGGCUUCUCAAGCGACGGAACUACCGGCUUCUCCCUGGAGGAGAUGAUUCAACAGUUCUCGUUAGAGAGACUGCGUCGUAACUCUGGGAGACUGGAUCCUGAAUACCUGGAUGAAGCAAACCGUAUUCAUCUUGGCGCCAAGCUGGGCAGAGGCUGCAGCAGACAGCAGGUUAUAGAAGACGUCCGGACACUUGUGCUGGCUGGACACAGUCAGAGCUUGGGUGAAGGGACAUUAAGAGAACAGAUCCUCAGCUCGGAGUACAUUGGUAACAUCCUUGACUGUGCCUUUGAGGAGGGCAGGAUUAUGAAACCAAAGGAUCUUCUGAAGUCAGACUGGAGGUUUCUGUGGAGCGCACCGCGGAGGGAGACUGUUCAGGAUUUGAAAACUGCCUCUAUUGAUGUAGCACACUUGUUGGAGGGCUGCUGUCAGCGACUGUCCGUCAUUACUGGGUUUGAUGCUGAUCAGCUCCAGACCGAGCUGCAGGAGCUGGUCCGAGGUGAAGGAUAUUCUGCGAGACCGGUCAUGCAUAGUCUGAGGCAGGCACUCAGUGGUUUGAAGGAAGGGCCUCGCGUGGUGGACAUGAUGCUGGCACUAGGGAGGGACCACACCAUACAGCGGCUGAAACACACACUCCACAUCCUCACUCACUCAUGACACCUGUCAGUCAUGUGUCACAUACGAUAUGCACAAGGCUCCACGAGCACAGGUCUUCAGACUGAGUGAAUUACCAACUGUAGACGUACCUGAUACAGGAUACUUUGCUGGGCAUUGUUCAACACAGUGAUCUAUGUUUAAGUAUGGGAGUAGUAAUUAGGAUGAAGAUCGCGUUCAAGAACGUGCCCUGGUCAUCCUUGUCAGUUAGAGGGGACGCUUGGUCAGCCCCGUGGAUAAAGCGUACGACCGUCACGCCAAAAUCUGGGGUUGAUUUCCGACUUGUGAAACCAGUGGAGCAAAUGAUAUGAACUAGCCAAACUGCAAGAAGCACUGAUCAUUACAUAAUUACUGAAAUUAAUUUCAUCUAUUUCCUUACCCCCAUGUGUAACAUAGUAGAGUGUAGGGCUGGGACGAGUCCAAAUUUACUCCCCGGGUACCCGACCCCCUAUUACCUGACCCUACCCGGGUACCCACUACAGGUCUCAAGAGUUGGGAACAAAAUGUCUGAUUAGGAAUUGUUUUACGCAGCCUGGCAAAAAGUAUUAGGAUACAUUUAUCAAACGAUCAGAUCAAACAUUCACUGAAGCUGACUGAAGCUUUAUCUUUACUCAAACAUAUACAAGUCAAAAGGAAUGUGUGCAUUGCCAGAAUGAAAUAUGAACAUUAGCGACUUGUAGUUACCACUGAGCUAUAGUGAGUUUUUGUCAUUAAACAAUAUAUCACGUGACUAACCACGGGUCCGGGUAGUCCUCUGGGUUCCCGGGUCCUACUUAUGACACAUCCGACCCGGGUACCCGAGUUACCCGUCCCAGCCCUAGUAGAGUGGUGUCUAAAUGUUCAGUCAUGACAGGGGCAGUGGGGUGACUAGUGAUUGAAGCGUUGGCUCAUCUCGCGGAAGACCUGGGUUCGAUUCCCUACAUGUGUACAGUGUGUAAAGCCCAAUUCUGGUGUAUCCCGCCAUGAUAUUGCUGGAGUAUUACUAAAAGCCACGAAAACCAUUCUCACUCACUUGACAUUUAAAUGUGAAGAUGUCCCUGUGAAUGGUUAAAAGAGUAUUAUAUUGUAGAAAUAUAUUGUUAAAUAUAAGAGAAAGAUUGAAUGCAUGUGGUGAAAGAGUGUAUGUAAUUUGUACAUUUGAUAUUAUACAUAAUAUACUUACUGAAAUAAAUCGUUUGUGGUCAAG